AUUUUACGAUCUGCGAUUGCGCAGAUGGGGUAUGUUGAUUCCGCGAUUGACAGUAUACACUGUGUUAAUUGGUUGUGGUGAGUGGUCUUUUUGGACCAGCCUUCAUGGAAACUAGCAUAUUUGGUUCUUCAAUGGACUGGAAAAAGAAAGGAUAUCCUUCAAAGUUGUAGCCUAUAGGAUGACACGUGAGAUCUCCUGUUACACAACGACGUAGAAGCGACUGUAUAAACUGUCAGCAUCAGCCUGUGGUCCGGAAGACCUUGAUCUGCCCGCCAUCUGCACCUUGAGUUCACCUGGGAGGACGUGGACAACCAUGGCAAAAGUGAAGAACUUUCGUGUGAUCAUCGUCGGCGGCUCCAUCGCUGGCCUCACCCUCGCCCAUAGUUUGCAGCGAUGCGGAAUUGAUUUUGUCGUUCUGGAAGCCAAUGAUCACAUUGCGCCGCAAGUCGGAGCUUCAGUCGGCAUCCUCGCAAACGGGGCCCGAAUUUUGGAUCAACUUGGUAUAUUUGACGAUGUGUUGGAAGAGACUGUCGUCGCGAAGACAAUGCACUACUGGUCUGGCACGGCCAAGCAUCUUACGACAGAGCCACUUCAAAUCUUUGAGGACAGACACGGUUACCCAAUCGCGUUCUUAGACCGGCAGAUAGUACUGCGUAUUCUCUAUUUCCGCUUGGGAGAACACCAACGCCGAGUCCACAUAAACAAAAAGGUCGUCCGAGUGGAGAAUCUGCCAAAUAAAGCUGUUGUGCACUGCGAAGAUGGGUCGACUUUCGAAGGAGAUCUGGUUGUAGGUGCGGAUGGCGUAAGGGGUAUUGUUAGAGAGGAGAUGUGGAGGUAUAUGGAGUCUCUCGGGUUGAUCAAGGAUGUUGUUACAGAAAAGUCCAGUAUGUCUGGUGAACUGCACAACAACCUCAUUCUAUUUCCGUGCUUAUUAGUGUCUCAUGAUUUAGAUAUGAAAGCCGAAUACUCAUACGUGUUUGGCAUCUCGAAUCCGACCGCUGGAGUAAAUCCCGGAGAAGCUCACCGGACCUUUGCGAAGGGUUAUUCCACCCUCACCAUCGGCGGAAAAGGGGGUCGCAUCUAUUGGUUUCUUUUUGCUAAGAUGGGCCGGUCAUUCACUGGAUUGAACGUGCCCAGGUUUAACAAGCAAGACCUGGGGGACCAUGUAGCCAAGUAUCUGCAUAUACCCAUCACACCAACUGUUCCCUUCUCGAAGGUCUAUGAGAAGGUUGAGGUCACGGCGUACCUUUGCUUGGAGGAGGAAUUUUACCUGUAUUGGAGUAUGGAUCGAUGUGUUUGUAUUGGAGAUUCGAUUCAUAAGGUAUGUCUUCAACUGAAACCUCUCUCCAGAGCUCAGGCUACGCUGACCGACCUACCGCAGAUGACUCCAAAUAUCGGCCAAGGAGGCAACAGUGCAAUUGAAACUGCUGCAUCAUUGGCAAAUUGUCUGUCCAAUUUGGUUAAAUGCUCUGAAGGACAUGACCCGAUUGCUCUCCAAAGCAUCAAUACUGCACUCAAGAAUGGCAAAAGGCCCGGCAACCCCGGGCUAAAGAGAUUCUGACGCUGGCAAACGAGGCGACUCGAUUCGAAUCGGGCGCAACUAUUAUGCAUACCAUAAUCUCGCAAUACCUGCUACCUUAUUUGUCUCGUUACCUUCCAUACCGAUCGUCUCAGAUGUUCGUCGAGGGCGAGAUUCUCGAUUUCCUCCCGGUCCCUGCGAGGGCUGUGCAAGGCAUCCGACCGUCUGGUCAGACUAAAACCGCCCUCAUCAGGAUAGUGAAGCUUGUACUGACAUGUGUACCACUUAUCGGGCUAAUCGCUUAUGCUAUUAUCUCGAUGGGACUCUUUGAGAAGGGGUUUCCCAUAGCCCUUCCGAUUCUCCAGAACGACUCAUGGACUGCAAGGAACGGGGAAA